GUAAGAUAAUAAAACACAAAUGAAUUUACCAGAACAAGCUUUAUGCAUUCACUUUACCUGGGCACAAUAGGCCAUGAGAAUUUAACUAGCUUAUAGAGACAGUUACCGGGUUUUAUCACACACACACACAUGCUGUGGCUCUUUCACUGAUUCCUGUCAUUGGAUUACAACUAUACCGGAGCGCAACCUUCAAGGUUUUAACCAAUUAUAUCAACCAGUAGUGUAUGGUGUUGCCAUGAGGAGUGCAACCAUGCUAAACCUGCUACUCUGGCAUCUCAUUCUACUUCUGACUUCAAGAAGAAAAUUUUAUAGUUGUUGCUUUAUUCAUUUUUGAAUGGCAAACAUGGCCUUUGAUAUAUCUACAGCAGUUUCCUUGAGAAAUUUUCCUGAGCAAAACUUACCUGACUGUGACAAUACUACUGUCAACAAUGACCCCAUCUCUCCAGAAGCCACACCCCAGGUAUACUUAAGCGUCUUUUGGCAGAAUGAACAACUUGGUGUUGCCUGCUAUGAUGUAGAUACAACUGAAAUUCGGAUGAUGUUCGACACACAGGAGACUGAUAACUUUUUGACAUUGCUCUCAGUUAUUGCUCAGGUUCAACCCACCUACGUAAUACUUAGUGCUAAACAAGAUGAAAGGAUUUUGAAAGUUUUGCAAAACUUUGCACACAAACCACUUGAAGCUGUUCCUGAGAAAGAUCUAGAUUAUAUCAAAUUCCUACCCAGUAUUGAUUCUGUAAGAGCUGCUGGAAGUUUAAUAAAAUAUUUGGAGAAAAACCGUAUUGGAAUAGAAUUGGAAGACAUAAAUGUUCGAGUGCCGUUUGUCAAUAUUCAAGUGUUUUCUCUGAACGAUCAAGUGAUAAUAGAUAACACAGCUCUGUCUGCUUUACAGAUCUUCCGGAAGGAAUCUCACCCAUCAGUUUAUAAAUCUGGGCAGAGCUGUAGUAAAGAGGGAUUCAGCUUAUUUGGAAUUCUCAACAGAUGCAAAUCUCAACUUGGCAGCAAAUUACUAAGACGCUGGUUUUUAAGUCCUACAAAAAAUGUAGAAAUUCUUCAACAGCGCCACAGUGCCAUUGCCUACUUUAUCAACAAGUGCCAAAGUGACAUUGUCCGAAGUCUUGAAGGAUGCUUACUGCAUAUCCGAAGUAUCUCUCGAAUAUUAAGCCGAAUGAAGCAGGCUCAGGUAUCAAUUGGAGAUUGGCAAAGAUUGUAUAAGACAGUAUACCAUGCAAUUUACUUAGCAGACAUCUGUAAAGCACAAGACCAACAAAUUUCUGUCUUUAAAAAGAUAAGUUCCACAUUCACAGAAGAUCUUUACAGAAUUGCUUCUUUGAUUAACAAAAUAGUCGAUUUCACAGAAUCAAAAGCCCAGAAUCGCUUUGUUGUGAAAGCCAAUGUGGACCAAAAUUUGGAUGACAAGAAAAGAACCUACAAUGGUUUACCAUCAUUCAUGACAGAAGUUGCUAAGGAGGAACUGAAUCAUCUUAGUGAAGAUAUAACAGAAUGUAAUGUUGUAUAUUUACCACAGCUUGGCUAUUUAUUAGCAAUCCCUUGCUCAGAUAAUUUGACAUCAGAGGCACAGUUCCAUAUUCCAGGACUUGAAUUUGUUUUUUUAUCCAAUAACAUGAUACACUACAAAAGUGCCAGCACUAGAAAUUUAGACAAGAUUUUAGGUGACACACAAUGUGAGAUCACUGACCAUGAAACAGCAAUAAUGCAUCAACUACAGGACACUAUAUUGGAACAUUGUCAAGUAUUGUUUAAUGUCAUGGAUUCUGCAGCAGAACUGGAUUGUCUUAUAGCACUAAGUCUUUGUGCUCAAGAAUUUGGCUAUGUCCAACCAAUAUUCACCCCUGAAAACGUAAUUGAUAUCAAAGCUGGCAGGCACCCAUUGCAGGAGAUUGUAUCCAGUCCAUAUGUUGCCAAUGAUAUCACAAGUGGUGGACGGCAUCCAAAACUGAAGAUAUUAACUGGGCCAAAUGCAUCUGGUAAAAGUGUAUAUUUGAAGCAGGUAGCCCUCAUUUUGUACAUGUCCUACAUUGGCAGCUUCAUUCCUGCUGAAAGUCCCAGCACUGUUUGUACUGUUGACAGGAUCUUUACUCGUAUCAAGUCUCAAGAAAGUGUCUCUGUUGGGUUGUCAACUUUCAUGCUCGAUAUUAACCAGAUGUCAGAUUGUCUGAGACAUGCAACAGGUAGAUCUUUGGUCAUUGUUGAUGAAUUUGGUAAAGGAACAGAAUCGGUUGAUGGUUUGACAUUGUUGUGUGCCAGUCUCCGUCACUGGCUCACCAUGGAGAACUGCCCCCAUGUUUUGGUCAGUACCAACUUUCACGACAUUAUAGAACAGAAACUGCUGCCUGCUUCACCAACUCUUGAAUAUCUGACAAUGGAGACCUUGACCAAUAAAGACGAAGUUGUCUUCCUCUACCAAAUCACCAAAGGUUUCUCUGACUGUAGCUUUGCCAAUGAAACAGCAUUGCAAGCUGGAUUACCUGUGGAGAUUGUGGAGCGUGGCAAAACGAUUUCCAAGUUAAUUCAAGAGAACAAACCAAUAUAUAACAUUGAUACUGCAAAGCAAGACUUAAAGUUUAAAUGGUGCCAGUUGUUGGUUGAGCGUUUCUUAAAACUUGAUCUUUCAUCUGAGAACUUACAAGCUUUCCUUGAAGAUAUAAAAUUAUCACACAACAAGAUAAACAAGUUAUCUGCCCAGAAAGCCUGAGGCAUCAUUGCCAUUUAUUGUGUUUAUCUUGUUUUUUGGUACCAGUCGUUGUCUUAACUCCAUAUUGGCCCUUAUUGAGCAGUGACCAUGCUGCCUCUUUUUCAUGAAUAGUGUAUUUCAGACUUCAUAAAUCUUGUCUCAUUUUUUUAAGACUGGAAAAGGAAGUUUGAACAGGGUUUCACUGCUAUUUCUAGCGAGUUGCGUGAUCACUGAGAAAUUUCCUGUUGCUUUUGUUGUUGCUGUUAAUUCAUCUUCUUGAUUUAGUUGUUGUUCUUCAGGAUCCUUUGUGAUCAGCUAGAAAUAGCAGUCAAACCCUUCUUAUCACACCUUACCAUCAUAAAAAAAAACAUGUAAGAUAAUGUGG